AGAGCAGCAGAGCACCAUGUCGUCGUCAACAUCAUCCACGUCCACGUCUAGCGCGAAACUGGAACACCAGCAGCACCAUUCGAAGCCCAUACUGAGUCCAACACGAUCCCUGGACGAAGGUUUCGAAAGUGAUCCGGAUCGGGUUUCCACCGAUUCAGAGCAUCAGACAAGUGGAACUGCCAGUGGCAGUGCCGCCAGCAGCAGCAGCAGCAGCAGUAACCAUAACAAUGCCAGCAAGUUGGCGCAACUCAGUUCGGCGGCCACUGGCGGCGCCUCCUCCACUGGCGCGGAGAAGCCAGCACUAGCAACGGGGAACAGCAGUGGAGGAGCAACCACCACAUCAGGCAGCAACUCGGCCAGGGGAGCCCUCUCUCUGGCCGCACCCCAGCUGCAGCGACGCGAAUACUUCAAGGAUCAGCAGAAUAGCCAGCAGGUGGGCAUGGCCAAGGCACGACAGAUCAUUGUCCAGCAGCAGCAGCAGCAGCAGCAACAGCAGCAGCAGCAGACACUGCCGCACCAGCCACGGCUGCAGUACCAGAAGCAGCGACAGCCCCUCGUGCCCAGUGCCGCCUCCAGUGUCCACAAUCAUCGCAUGACCCACGGAGGACCCAGCUCCGGUUCGGGCGGAGUCGGUGUGGGCCAGGGCUCUGCCGGAGCUGUGUCCGUCACGAGCGGAUUUCGUCGCGGACGUCGCCUCCAUUUGGCAGCCCAUAAUCCAGCACGAUCCGGACUGCGCUCCCAUUCGGUGGAUGCCAUUGCCAGACAUCGCCAUGGCUACGAUCCCAGCAGCCUGAUCCUCAAGCACGACGGCAACGGGAAUGUGAGCAGCUGCUCCAGCCCCAAUGGAGGACCGGUACCGACCAGAAUGCUCAACUACAAGAGCCCGGCCGGAGGCAGCUCCCCGGGAACAGCGGCCGGACAGGCUCUCCUCGUCCAGCCCAUCUCCAGUGCCACAUUAUCACCUUUGGUGGCGGCUGGCGUCGAUGUGGUGGACGGAGGCGGUUCCUCCCCGGUGAUUGCCUCGGCCACCCACAGCCUGUACACAUUCUAUCCGGCGGAGGGUAAUCUGCAGGUGUGGCAGACGGAGUGCGGCGAUCUAACCUACAAGUCAUCCAGGAAUAUGCAUCAGCUGCACAAGGCGCCCGUGUGCUGGACACAGUCGAUACCACGACAGGCCAGAAGGUACAUAACACCAGCAGCGGCGGCCACGGCAACGGCAACAACAUCCGUCACAUCAUCGACGGGCAACGGCACCAAUCUGGCUGUCUAUCCCACGGCCACGGCCCAGGUAUAUCGAUCCAACAACGGACUGGAUGUCCUGGACUGUGCCGGACUGGAGCAUCACGGCAAUGGGACAACCACCAUGACAACGUCUGGCAGCUCUGGCACAGGCUUCUCCCAGCGGCUCAGGGAGCUGGCAGCAUCCGCGGGUCUGCUCUCCCUGAAGCCACGUCAGCCCCUGAAGCCGGUCAUCAAAACACGCGGCUCCCCGGGACCAGAGUUCCCCAAGAAGGUCACCUUUAGUGCCUUUGCCACAGUGCAGGUGGUGUGAGGGGGCGACGGAGUCGGAGGACAGUGGGUCUAGCGUGGCAUCUGUGCAGGCACAGAGCAAGUUCCGUCUUGCACUUGUUAACCGUUAUUUGUUGUUGUUGUUUGUAAUCAUUGUUGCUGUUGUUAAAUGUUUAGCCAAAACUAUGGGAACUGGAAGAGGAAGCGAAACUGGAACUGGAACUGGAAUUUUUAUAGGAAUACAAAUCCAGAAAAAUCUUCAAAACAUAAGAGAAAAGAAAAUGUUUGUGCCAUGACUGUGGCUUGAAAAAUAAUUGUCGAAAUAGAAAUGAAAUUAUAUAACAAUAUAUUGAAUGUGUAUGCCCCAUAGCUGGAAUAAUACCUCAAAGGCAAACCCCUAAAACGCACACUCUCUCUCUUUCUAUUUCACCCCACAUGAUAUAUCCCUCAUAAUUCCAUAGAACUUUCCAUUUUGGUAGACUGACUUUUUCUCAUUCUUCUCAUUGUUCCUUUAUCACCCUCACCAUUUGCAUUUUCUCUGCCCCCAUCAAACAGUAUUUUCCCAUCUUUAAAUCAUUUUCCUUAACACCACACACACACACACACACACACACACCAAGAAAAACCAAUUGAAAAAUGUAAAAUCUAAAGACUAUGGACGCAAAAAUUCUAAAUAUUUUCUAUUCAAUUGUAAAUAUGUAUGAAUUUUAUUGUUUAAAGGCGAAUAUAAACAGCAAAUAUAGUCAUAAAUAUACACAUAUAUGUAUAUGUAUGCAUGUGUAAUAUGUAAGUCUGUUUUGUGUAUGUGUGUAUAUAUAUAUAUAUAAAGCAUGACUUUGCAUCGAUUAUUGUAUUAGGGAAUGAAAUAUAAUGAACAAAAUGAACACAAAUUUUUGUAAGCGCAAAAUGCUGUCUAUUGUAUUUAAUAUAUUAAAUAUUAUUAUUUAAGCUUAAU